UCUGAUCAACUGGUUGGGCGUGUAGUGGUAGCUUUCUCAAAUUCUUACAGAGAGUUCACACCGUCUCACAUUCCUGUCUGUCUCUCCAGGGACUCGCAUCUCUCCAUAUGGAUUUCUCUAACUUUUGGCUGCCUUUGCUCAUUUUGGCCGCUCUCGGAUGCUGCUCCGAGGGAGGUCUGCUGGUCACCGACAAAAUGAACGGCGUUGUCGGUAAAAAUGUGACCUUCAAGACAACCAUCACCUCAACACAGGAUUUUGUAACCAUAGCAUGGAAUUUAAACAAAGUUGAAGGAAUUACACCAAUAAUCACAAACGUUCUAUCAUCAAACACCGAAGACAUUGAUGAGAAAUACACAGGCAGAGUCAUCUACAAUAAGACGACAUGUGAGCUUCAGCUCGGGCCGCUGGUGAAGGAGGAUGCAGGGGAAUAUACUCUCACUGCAGUCACUCUCAAGGGAAAGCAACAGAAUGGACGGAUUGAUCUUGUGGUUCUUGAACCCGUAACUGACAUUAAGAUUUCAUCGAAUGUACCGGAAGCAGUAGAGUUCAACAGCACCGUGGUUCUUACCUGCUCUGCCAAAGGCUCCUUUACAUACAAGUGGAAGAACGGUUCCGACCCUUUGGUGGUGGAUGGCACACGUGUACAGCUAAACGCAAAUGGCAAUGUGCUAAAUAUCGCUGAAGUUCGCCGUACAGAUCUGCGAGGACCCAUCUUCUGCAUUGCAGAGAACGCACUGGAGUCAGGGACGAGUGCUCCCUUCAAUCUCACCGUGAUCUAUGGCCCAGAGAAAAUCAUCAUGACACAAACGCCAACAGAUUCGUUUCUUAAGAAAGGCUCUAACUUAACACUGGCGUGCUCUGCCCAGUCUGACCCUCCUGCUCAGCUCAAGUGGAUGUUUAAUGGGGGGGAGAUGCCUCUGAAGACCACCUCCAGCAUUACCCUCACCAAUCUAGAUGAGACAAACAGUGGAAACUAUAGCUGUGUGGCCUACAAUGCGAAGACCAACCGCUACAUUUCAUCGCCGGUUGCUGUGGUGUCUGUUAUGGAGGCCUUGUCUGGUACAAAUAUCUCCAGCUCCUCAUCACUUCUCAUCGCUGGCACCAGCGCGGUCAACAUCUCCUGCUCGGCAGCCACUGGAAAAGCCGAAAGCGUGGAAUGGCUGAAGGACAACAAACCUCUGGUUCCUGGUGACCGUGUCAUUCUCUCAGCCGACAAGAAAACUCUGACCAUCGUUAAAGUUGUUAGAGAGGAUGCGGGCGACUACAAGUGCCAGCUGAAGAACAAAGUCAACCAAGACGAAAGCACCUAUAAGAUGGUCAUCAUCUAUGGUCCAGAGAACGUGAAGGUUGAUGGGAAGAGAAAUGUGAAGUUUGAAGAACUUGUAAAAAUAACCUGCUCUGCAGAGUCUUUUCCUCCCAGUACAUACUCAUGGAAACACAACGGUACAUCGAUGAACUCCAGCAAUGCAGUCCUUACAAUUAACAAGGCUAAGAUCACGAACAGUGGCCUGUACACCUGCGAGGCACUCAACCCCAUCACGGAAAUAAUGAAAUCAACGACUCACACACUUGCAGUCACAGAGGUUGGUGAGGUAGACAAGGCCCUGUCUGGAGGAGCGAUCGCUGGGAUUGUAAUUGGUGUGCUUGUGGUCGUGCUCAUCAUUGCUUGCAUUAUAAAGAACAAGAAAAAAACACGUAGUGUUCUUUAGUAUUCCAUCUCCGUAUUAAAGCGAGACCUGGCGGUGAAUUGACUUGAACGUACCAAACAAGACCAACCCUUCAGCCAUUUAUCAGCCCUUUUUAUCUGCAAAAACCUUCCAUCAAGGCAACUGGAAAAACAGCCCUCACAAGUGACUUAAACCUGCAGGUUUGGCCCUUUCAGGAGCUCAACGUCUUUUUAAAUGUCCAUUGUUUUUUUGUUAUACCCUGUGCAAAUGUGCCCCAAUCUUAAGGACACGAUAAAGGUCAACGGCGAGACUGUUUAGCUUUACCUGUGUCUCUUCCUUCCCUUGGAUGAAGUGGACAGCUUCUUUUGUUCCUCAAGAAACACGAAACAGUCUCCAUCACCCUCUCAAUCCUUCACUCACCUCACCUUAAGUCGACAGUUCCAGCAUCAAAAGCACUAAAGGGUGAUGAGACUGAGUGUUCGAGAACUAAACGCACCCACAAGGCACUGAAACAUCCAGAUUUUAAGACCUGUUCAACAUGCUUGUAAGUCCCAAGGCAAUGAAGAUGACAUUUGGCCAACUUAACUCAAAGCCGAAGGCACUGCUGAGUUGUCGUUGGAAAGUCAUUCGUGGCAAAGCGUGCCUUGGAGAUCAGAUGCAGAGCUUAAAGCUUCUUACACCUUUGCAAUGUUUUUCUA